GUCUUCAGUUUUUUAUUAUGGAAGUGGAUGCUUUAAUUGAUAUUAAUGAGAUUAGUAGUGAUUCAACGAAACAGAUAACUCCGUGCAUCCUAAAGCUGUGUGAGAAAUAUUUUCGAUCGAAGAAGAAAACUCAAGGAUCGCUAGCAAUUGUAAAUCUCACUCCUGAUGCUUCGCCAUUCCAACGAAACGUUCUAGCGAGUCUCAAUGAGGAUGAACGCCAUGAGCUGGCUGUGAUGGUGAAGGAUGCCCGCAAGAAGCACUGGAAUGCAUCUCAUGUGACAGAAAAAGCUAAAAAUUAUUUUAUGCUUAUUAAGGACUCUUCGGAAUUAGCACAAACAAUUAAACAGCUCCAUGCUCUACCUACAUGGAAUCCUCUGGCACAGGUUGUUGUCUACAUAACAGAAGAAAUGACAUCGGCUGACUUGGAAGUACAAGUUCGAAAUAUUCUUGGUGAAUUGCACACGUGUGGGGUAUUGAAUGUUAAUAUAAUGUCGAGGAUGUAUAAAACCAACAUAAUACAGGUAGUCACUUGGUUUCCCUAUGAAGGCAAAAAUUGUGCUGACAAAAUCAUAAAUAUUCGCACAAUUGAUGAAUGUGAAUAUGUUUUGGAUGAAAAUCCUCCCAAGGAGAUGCCAGAGAGUAUGGAUGAGGCUUUAAAUGAAACAUCUAAAGAAGAGGAAAAUUUUUCAUCCAAUAAAGCAUUUAAAUUUGUUUGGAAGAAUUACUACAAGGAUUGGGUAAAGAUUCCAGAUACGUACAAUGGAUGUCCUUUGCGGAUUUCAAGUGGAAAUUGGUUGCCCUAUACGGUUUAUGAGAUAGAUGAUGGUUUCACAAAGGGAACAGAAGUCUUCAUGGUACAUACAAUGACGGAGAGAAUGAAUAUGAAGCCAAUUUACACACUUAUGAAUAUCACGAAGAUGAACUACUUCGGAAGCAAGGAUAAUGCACUUCUUUUCUAUUCAGACAUUCUUGAGGGCAUCUCAGACGUAAUGAUUGGUGGUUUGACAGAGAAUUCCAUCAGUCGGAAGAUGCUCUCCUCAUCUAUUCCCUACUUUCAAGACGAUAUAACAUUCUGCGUGGGAAAAGCACCUUUAGCACCCAAUUGGACGAACGUCUUUGCCAUCUUUAGUUUCUGGAUUUGGCUUUUUAAUAUAUUUCUCCUGUACGUCACGGGAUACAUUUUGCGGGCAUUCAGUAGAAGGGAUACUGCUGAAACGGGAAAUAUGGUAUGGGCAUUGCUACAGUCUCUUGCUGUAACUCUCUAUAAUUAUGGGCUCUACAAUCCACGACGGUUCUACAUUCGAUUCUACAUGUUCUGCCUCAUGAUCUAUGGAAUGCAUUUUUACACGGCCUACAGCAGUUUCCUCAUCACAGUGCUCACGAGGCCACGGUAUGAGAUGCAAGUGAGCUCUCUGCCGACUGCAGUGGCUGAACAAUAUCAUUUUGUAGGAAGCGAAAAUUCCCUCAACUACUUCAGCAAAGAUGACGCUCAAUCCACAUAUGUUCGGCGCAUGUUCACCAUAUGUCCGGAUAUAGAUGUGUGCUUGGAGCACGUGAAGAGCGAUAGUCAAUUGGGUGUAGCUGUUUCACGGCAGCACGCCCGAAACAGCCCAUUGAUCGACGAGAACGAUAUGUUCUGCUUCUCUCAUGCGCACAACAUCUACAGCUACUCUGUGUCAAUGCUGGCAAAGAGGGACUAUCACCUCCUACCAAAGAUAAAUGACAUUAUCCGUACAAUCCUCGAAUCAGGGCUCCUCUACAAAUGGCAAAAAGAUAGCGAAGUUAGCAAGGUGUACGUUGCUGAUGCAUCCGAAAAUGCAGAAGGUGGUAUUGUUCUGAGUUUGAGUCAUGUUCAGGGUGCCUUUAUCGUUUUGGGCUUUGGAUUAAUUCUCUCCGCUGUAUCUUUCGCCGUUGAAUGGAUCAUUUUUCUAACAAUUCAGAAAAAUCGCCCAGGCGCCACAUUUCUCAAGAGGCACAUCGAGAGGAUGCUGUGCUUCGAUUGA